ACUUGAAGGCACCACGAGAGCAGCUCGCCGCCGCGGUGCCACAGUGCCAACAGCAGCUCCUCGUGAGAAAAGCGAAAGCCAACGCCCCAAGCCCACGAGCCCACGAGCCCUCCCUCCUCGCCUCCUUCCCUCCCAGAGCACAGCGUUUUUUGGCGGUGCUUCUGUGGUCGUGACUGAGCUCGACCGGGAUAUUUCGCGGAGACUUCGGAGAAGUUGAUUCAUCCGACGAGAAAACGAUCUCACGGUCAACGCAGCGUAGCUCUUUUUAUUUCGACACUACUUCGUUUUUUUGUUGUUUUUUUAAACUCUCUGUUUUCGUCGGUUGCUGUCAACGAGGCUCUUAACGCGAAGAAAUAAGUUAGUUGUUACAGAAUGGCUGAUACGACCGCGUCCAGCUCCGGUGCCAACUGCUUGGAGAAGCUGAAAAGUUACGUGAAGACCCCAAAGGGGUUCAUCCUAACAGGAGAAAUAUUCGUCAGUUUCAUCGUCAUCAUCUGCUAUGGCGCAUCCCACACUGGCGGCUACUCCUCCUUGGCCAUCUGCGAAAUGAUCUUCGCCAUGGUCUUCUUCGGCAUCUUCAUGAUGGAGUUGGACAAGCAAUUCCUAGUGGUCAACUGGGUCUGGACCGAUCUUUUCCGUGCUGGUAUUGGCGCAGUCCUUUACCUCAUCGUCUCUCUGAUCAACGUGAUUGGAGGGUCCGGGGACGGCGCUCGUAUUGCAGGCGGGGUAUUUGGUUUGAUUGCUGGUCUGCUGUUUGCCUAUGACACCUACACCAUCUACUUGCAAAUCAAGAGCACCAGUCAGCACACGGCAGCUUCCACCGAUGACGGAGUUUAAACACUCCAAGACACAUGUGCUUCUGCCAAGAAGUUAACGGAAGAGUCGAUCAUAAAGGACGAUGGACAGCACAAUGAACAGGUCACAGUUUAAUCAAUGCCACUGUAUGGUGUGAACAGACGAGAGGUUUCUUUUAGGGCCGAGCCUGAGAGGAGCAUGACGUAGCCUAAGUGAGUGGUACUGUACAUCUGUGCCUGCACGUCAAAACUAAAUGUUGUCUGCAACGAGAGGAAUUCCCCUCGCAAAUCUUUACUCCAACCUCAAUGUACCACUGAUUUAAAAAAGGGAAACAAAAGUAGUUAAUAGGCAAUGGUUUUCAUCAAGCAGCUUGUUUAAUACAUAUGUCUAUUGUUUGGUGGACUAUUGUAGUGAGUAGUAACUGUGCCAUUUGGACUUUAGAAGUAACUGACACAUGAACGGGGUUGUUAAGGAAUUGUUUAACAUCAUAAUAGUGUACCUCUUGAGUGUUUCCUGUAUUUCCAGAGAGAUUUCUCAGCUGGACAAACAUUUCCUUCUCCAUUAUUUAAUCAUUGCUCUUUAGAGCGCUCCCCAUGUGUUACGGUGCCUUAGACUCUUAUAAGUCAAAUUAACGAAAUCCUUCAUCUUGUUCAUCUUAUAGUCUUGAAGCCUAAACAUUUGAAGUGUCUUCUGUCAUUGGUCAGCAAUCUUUUUGGCUGUUUUUGUACUAAUUAGAGUUGAGUUUGCCUCAUUAGAGGCGUUACACGUCAAUUAACCAUCAACUACACUUUUCUUAUUUUAAUUACAGUGUCAUCUUCCAGUUUCCCCUUCUUGCUCAGGGUGUUUUUCUUCCAUUUGUAAUACAUUUGAAAGGUGCAGAAUACAUGUUGACGUUUUAUACAGUCCAGAAGUAGGGUCCAGUUUCUUUAGUUCACGUUUUGUUUUGUUUUUAAAAACGGAAAGAAAAAAAGAAAAAUCACAAUUUGAAUAUCUUCUGUAACUGUUUCCUCUACCAAUUGGUUGUUAUUUGUCCAAGUAAAACAUUGCCUCACUAUUUUUUUUUUUUAACAUGCUUUACAAGAGUCUGCAGUGUAAUUUCAAAGUUCAAAGCAGCCUUGCUUUGGGAAAUAAAAGCCAUUGUUACUACAAAGAAA